AUGGGCGACUACGCCUCCAUCGCGACAUUCUCCGACCCUCUCUGGGCUCCUCCGCGCCUCCCCCACCCGCUCCCCUACGCCCGCCGCCGACGCGCUCGUCGCCGCUCCUUCGUCCUCCUCGGUGCUGUCCUGGUCAUCGUCGCCAGUUUCCUCGCGUUCAACUAUUACUUCCAUUACUACUACCACCGCGCCGUCGUUGCCGAUGUUGCUGUGGUGCAUGUGCCGCUGCUGCAGGCCCAUCCGACGCAAGCCGCCUGGCCGCAGGUUGAGCCUCUGGACCUCCCUGCUGCACUAUCCGUUGACGCAGCCCAAGCCGCGCAGAGACAGGAAGAAGAGCAGGAGCAACGCGAUCUGGGUUACUGCACGACGUGGCCGGUGGACUCCAAGGGCAAGUACGCGCCUGAGCCGGAGUCGGAGCCGAAGCCGAAGCUGGAGUCGCGAAGAGACCACGGCUUGUACCUCGACACGUUCGCGCCGGUAGACGGGUGGCAGAAGCCGCGCGGCCUAAAGGUCGUGGCGGUCGUGUUCUACGGGCGCAAGCGCAACGUCGACGUCCUCGACUGCUACCUGCAGCAAAACCUGGCCUCGAACGGCGGGUACCUCGACGACGUUUGGUUCAUGGUGCACACGCAGCGGGCGGAGGACGUCGCCUGGCUCAACGAGUUUGUGAAGAAGGACCCGCUGUACAAGUUCAAGGACCUCGGAUCCUGCGGCGAGGAGGCGACGUACGGGUGUAUUUGGGAGAACGCGGUCGAGAAUGAUACUUUGUAUAUCAAGAUCGACGAUGAUAUCUUGUACAUCCACCACGACGCAAUCCCGCAACUCGUACACACGCGCCUCGCCCAACCGCACCCAUACGCCAUCUCGGCCCAGCUCGUGAACAGCCCCGUGACCGGGCUACAGCAGUACCACUACGGCGCGAUCCACCCGUUCCUGCCGGACCCCUCGACACAACCGACCCGCAACGCAUCCAGCUCCUGGCGCCCCUCACACUUCGGCCCGUACCCAUCCGACGCGCCGAUCCCAGCCCAGCCCCUCGAAAUGCAGCCCCCGUACCGCGGGCACCCAUGGCUUCUCGUAACGAACAGCACGCACGGCACCGCCGCGCUGACGCGCACGCCCGUGGGAUACUGGAGCGCGCACCCGGGCAGCGAACCCGUGGCCUUCGGGCCCGGCUGGCAUUCCUGGGCCGCCGCGGCGCAGCAGCAGUACUCUUUGCUGCACAAUUUAGAACUGAACCAGAUGCACGUGUACCAUUUCGGCCGCGCGCUCGACUACCGCCAGCGCGACGUCAACGACGACGGGUCGCACAGCUACUACUCUUCGGACGGGCACUACCACAGACACCAGCACCACCACUACGCGCCCUCUCCCCCUCCGCCUCCUUCCUCGGGUAGCGGUAGCAGUAGCGGUAACGGUAACGACGUGGAUGGAGACUACGAGGGCCCCGGCGGCGAGCAGCUGUACGACACGCAGUACGAGCGGUACAACCUGAACUUCGUGGCGAUCUGGGGCCGGGACGUGGCGCAGGCCCUGCCGAUCACGGGCGACGACGAGGAGGCGAUGACGGUCUCGGUGCCGCUGCGCCUGGGCCGCCCCUUCGUGAUCGACACGCGCGCCGUCGUCGGCCACCUGUCUUUCUACACGCAGAAGGCCGGGAUCGAGCAGACGGACCUGAUGGACCGGUGGCGCGCGUUCGCGAACGAGAACGUGUGCGCGGCUCGUAACCAGAAGAAGCCUUGGGAUAAACGAUGCGAGGGUUUCUGAGGGAGCUGAGGGACUAAUGCUGGUACUAAUGAGUGAUGAUUGGUGAUUAGUGGUUAAUGGGUAAUGAUACCAAUGGUUCGUCGUUUCGGUCCUCAGGGGGUAGUGA